GUGAGCGCGCAGCAAGUCUACAUGGCUUUGCUCGAGGCGAGCGGCAACAACGUGGGUGGCGUCCUCGCUGCGGCAGUCGCCAACAUGCUGUCGCAGGGCGUUCAAGAACAGAUCGAGACUUGCCGGCAAACUGCCAUUAGGUGCGGCCAGCGAAUACGCGUCGCGAACCCUCAAGUGCUGGCGUGCGACGCCUUGUACCUGUGUGCCGGUCUGGGUGCCUACACCGUCAAGGAGCAUUUCGACUUCCAGGCGUGGUUUCAGGCGUUUCUAGGGCCGGCGCUCGAAGCGCUUGUGGCGACAAUGCAAGCCAGAGCGCUGCAGGUGAGCGGAGGAGAGGAGUCUGGUUUACGCAGGAGUAUUAUUGUGGGCGAGGUGUCCGGAAAAACGUCCAUCUCCUACCUCCUACAUCUAUAUCGUGGUUGUGGGUCUUGA